AUAAAAACUGAAAACGAUUUCAAUUUACUCGAUUUAACCUUCAAUGAAAUUUUGAAAUCUAAUGUUGAAGGUAGUCAGAAUUUCUGCAAUGCAAGGAAAUUUAAAGCCAAAUAAAUGUUUCAAUGGAAAUCGAGAUAUAUCGUCUCAGCCAAUGAUUGAUGAUAAAAAUAAAGAUUCUUUCAGGAGUAGUUUGGAUCACCAAGGUCCUGAUAAAGUUGGUCAAAUGAACGUUUCUGGAUAUCCUUUGUUCACUCCACCAUUUGCUCAUGUUAUGAAUACAAACAACAUACAACCAUUCAACUAUUAUCCUCCUAAUGUCAUGUAUAAUUAUCAAAAUAAUCUUUACCAUCCUUUGAUGUAUAGUGGGUAUAAAAAUGAAGUAAAUUCAUCAUUGAAGAAAAAUUUCACACCUAUCAAUAUUUCACAAUAUCCAAUCAAUCAUCCAGUGGAUUAUGCAACAAAUACAGUUACUUUGUAUCCUUCACUUUUGCAAUACGAAGCGAAAGAUAAGAAUGGCUCUCAUACAAAUAAUGAUGAUGCCUUUUGGUUAAAUCAAUGGUUAGAACAGCAUCAGUUUAAACUGGAAAAUGGCAAAGAUUGUAAAAAAUCAUUGAAGAUCAGUGAAGCAAGGAUACUCUUUGAUCGUUAUUUGAAACUUAAUACUGAUUUAAAACAGCAGAUUCAGCAACUCAACAGCAAUAUUGAGGGUGAAGAAAGGAAAUGGAAUUGUAUUUUGGCUGAUGUUGAAAAAACCAAGGAUGAGCUGUCAUCAGUGGAAAAUGUUUUUUCUGACCAGCAACUUAUUAAAGAUCUUCAAGUGAAAAUUGAAAAACGCCAAGAGAAACGCCAUUGGUGGAGACGUCGACAACAUCGUCGAUAUCUUCAAAGAUUAGAAGAUGAAGAAAAAACAUGCAAAUUACAUGAAAAAAUUGAUGCUUGGCAGAAAGAUCUAAAACAAAAAGAUAUCAAUGCUAGAAAGGCAGCCUCACUAAAACAUGAAGCUGGUGGAGUUUUAGAUGAAGUUCGUCGCAAACUUCAAGAUUGUCGUAAGCUGGAAGACUUGAUUCAAGCUCUCGUUAAAUUACGACAGUUGAGAAAAGACGAAGGAGAAAAAAAAGGUGUCUACCCAAAGACAACUUCUGUUGAUGAUGAAUGUUUAAAAUCAAAAUGUGAGAGAAUAAGUUUAAUGUUGAAAGAAAGAAAAGAAAGUUAUGAAGAAGAAGAAAAAACUUUACAAGUUAUGAUAGCAGAAGAAAAAGACGAACAAGAAGAAAAAGAGAAAUUAGAACGAUUACAGCAGAAAGCAUUGCUUAAUCUCGCUCAAGAGAAUGAUCAGAUGGCAGAGUUUAGCCGUUAUUAUGAACAAGCCGACAUUAGUCUACAGCAUCUUCUUCAAGUCAGGCAAGGAUGGGAUAUUUACAUUACACAAGAUACCAGUUUGGGAAGCAGAAUACCUAAUUGUGAUAUCUCUCCAGCUUCGCCGACAACCAGUCAGUGGGAAGCCUGUCUUGAUACCAAUCAUGUUAAAGUCCAUGCAGUGUCAGAUUUCCAUGAACAAAAGUUUAGAAAGUAACAUAAACUAUUGACACCAAUAAAUCUUUCGGGUUUCAUUUUUGUCUACAGACAUUAAAAGCCCGGAAAUUGUCAAGGAAAUAAUUUAUACCUGCCAUAUGGUGAAUGCCAAAGAAGUAAGAAGUGCGUAUUUUCUCAUGCGUGAGAAAAUAUAAUGUGUUCAAAAAGUUACCAACAACGUUGUGUACAAUAAGUUGUAUAUAUUUUUUUAUCAAAUUGUCUGCUUAUUUAUGAUCCAAACAAGAUUAAACAGCUCCCAUAAAAUUGUAUUUUUAUGUGACGUUUAUCAUUUCAUUGAGAGUAUCGUUAAGAUAAAGCAGACAUUCAAAUAAACAUUUUAUACGUAUGCUAUGUACGACACAUACUCUAUAGUAACAGAAAUAGUCCAUCGCUUAAUUCUGUUACAAACUGCAAGUCUGCAACAUCACACUUAUUCAUCUUUCAAAGUAUGUAUAUGUUAUAAGAAUGUUAGCUUUUGAAUGUCCGCACGUUCUCUAAUGAUUUAAAUACAACAUCAUGCGCUAAAAGUUCUUAUUUUCUGCAUUUUCCAUUUUCGAAAUGUCAAUCGAAAAAUGGAUUUGUUAAUACAGAAUAAUGAAUAUUGUAACUUGAGAUAAAUAAGUUAAUGAAUAAAGUAAUGUUUAAUAAAGAGUUAA